AUGAGCACCUUUGGGCAGAUCCUAAAGGAAGUUGGGGAGUUGGGUUUGUUUCAGAAGCGGUUAGUGGCUUUAUUAUGCAUCCCCAGCAUAUUUGCUGCUUUUAACAUGUUUGGUCAGGUGUUUGCAGGAAUGAGCUUUCCACAUCACUGUAACACUGACUGGAUCUUGGAGCGUGGGCCCAACCUGACAGUUGAGAGAAGAAGAAAUCUCACCAUCCCGGUCAACAAGGAUGGAAGAUUUGAAAGCUGUAAAAUGUUCACUCCUGUGGAUUUGGAUUUGGAAACCAUUGAAGAGGAUGGGAUUAACACUACAACUAGAUGUAUAGAUGGAUGGGACUAUGAGACACCCAUAGGUGCUUCAAGCAUCAUGUCAGAGUUUGAUCUAGUUUGUGACCAGAAGGGUUUGAUUGAGGCGUCACUGUCCAUCUAUAUGGCAGGUUUUCUGGUUGGAGGUUUGGCGUAUGGGGCAAUUUCUGACAGAUUUGGACGACGCUUUGCAAUCCUACUCUGCCUCUCUCUCGUACUAUUGUUAGAUCUGACUACUGCUCUCUCACCAAACAUCUAUGUUUACAUGGUCUUGAAAUUUUUCUGUGGGAGUUCAGGAGGUGUCAUUAUGAUGAACACAACUGUGAUGGGUGUGGAGUGGACCAGUCCCUCCAAGUCUGCUGUUUGUACAAUGGCAAUCCUGCUUUUCAUCCCUGUUGGACUGAUGGUGUUACCUGGUGUUGCCUAUUUCAUCUCCAACUGGAGGAUCCUGCAGCUGGUGCUCUUCAGCCCUCUUCUCAUAAUUGUGGGAAUAUUCUACUGGUUUCUCCCGGAGUCAGCUCGCUGGCUGAUGACGCACGGCAGGAAGGAGGAGGCGCUAAAGGAGCUCCGAAGGGCAGCCAGCGUGAAUGGGAGGACAGUACCUGAAGGUUUGCUGGAAAAGGUAGAGAUGGAGGUUCCCUGCAGAAGAGAGAACAUGUUGGACAUCUUCAGAGUAUCGUACUUGAGAAAACGUACUCUGCUCAUGGGCUUUAACUGGUUUUCAACAAGUCUUCUGUAUUUUGGAAUGAGCCUGAAUGUUGGCAGUUUCGGCCUGAAUAUCUACCUCACACAGUUCAUCUUUGGUGCUGUGGAAAUUCCUGCACAGCUCAGCACUUUGUUUCUAAUUCAGCGUUUUGGACGGAGAAUCAGUCAGGCAGGCUUUCUGCUUUUCGGGGGUGCUGCUUUUCUCUUGGUCCUUGCUAUCCCAAAAGAUCUUCCUGGGGUGGUGACAGCCAUAGCUGUACUGGGGAAAUAUUUCGCCACUGCUUCCUUAUGCACAGCCUAUGUUUAUACUGCAGAACUGUACCCUACCAGUUUAAGGCAGAAUGGUGUAGGUCUUAACUUCAUGUGUGCUCGUGUGGGGGGCAUCCUCGCUCCACUAAUCAGGCUCCUGAGCGUCUACCAUCACACCAUCCCCAUGCUGAUAUACGGCAGCGUCCCCAUUGCUACGUCAGGUUUCUGUUUGCUACUGCCUGAGACCCUCAAUGUUGAACUGCAGGACCACGCUGAGCUCAAGUGA